CAGUCAGUUAUUUUCCAAACGUGCCGGCGUGCAGAUCAUAAAUAUUCCGAGAAAGCUGCUUAGUGAACACAAAAUAAGUUAAGCACUAAAACAAGGUUGGAGCUUAUUGCUGCAUAAACCACAAUUGCCAUUGAAAAAACAAAAGCUUUUGUUAUUGUUACUGUUCCCAGCAUUAUACCGUUAUUUCCUUUAAUUUUCACCAACGCAUUUUUGAAGCGCUUCUGUACAACAUUGAGAUGUACAAUGUGCGACAAAAACUGCAAAUACAACACAAACAAAACCAGACGGUGCACCAACGGUGGCAAGAGCAACAACAGCAUCAGCAGCUGCACAUGGAUGUUUAAUCUUGUGGCGGUUGCCUUAUUAAUCCAACAUGUCGCCUGUGUUGCAACAGCUAGCGUUCAUGUUACAGGCGAGGCGACAACAUCAACAACACUGGUGUCGUCAAAGGCGCUCACCGAUCCCCUACCAUCCGCAUUUGUACCCACAGCCCUGCUGCUGAGGCGCCAUGGCGAUAACGGUAGCAGUAGCAGCUACAAAAACUCACCCACACAGUCUGAUUCCGGGAGCCGCGCUACGAGCCGUCACCUCAGUGCCAUUGAGUCCAGAGUCGGCGGUGUCAGCAGUAUCGUUGCCGGAGAUGAUGGUGUGGACUUCGCUGCCUAUGUAAAUGAUUUCAAUAUGCAAGCUGAAGCUGCUAUACCCGAGGAUAUUUUGGACCAACAACACAUACAAGAUGUCGAUGCUAUUGAUGCGGACAGUACGCAAUAUGUUGGAGAUGACGAUGAGGAUGUUGAACCCGAAGCUGAUAUUAUACUUGCAGCGCAAAAAUUCAGCACAUCAGAAAGCAGUCGUGAGAAAGUAGAAUAUUACGAGCAUAACAGUAACAAUCGAGACAAUAAAAACAAAGGCAGCAACGAAAAAAGCGCGCAGCUAAGGAAAACUAUAAGAAAGCGAAACAACAAAUUGAAAAACAGUGAUGACAGAAAAUAUAACAGUGACAACACAUCUGUCUACAAUGAUGAUGAUUCCAUAGAUGAAGCGAAUGCGUCGGACAUCACGGCUGAGGAGCCAAUGGCGCUGCCCAGUGUGAGUGAAGCAAGGCAAAGUUUUAUAUUGACGCGACAUCCAAGAGGACAACAAAAUCACAAAUUAAUAGCAGCAGAGGACGCACGGAGUUAUGAAGAGCAGAGCUGGGACGUGAGCGGGCGGCAUCAGCAAUUUAUUGAAAACUUAGUUGCAGAAAAAUUUAAUAAAGCAACGGGACAAACAGUAAACAAUGAUGACAAAGCGAACGACAACAUGCACAGCAGCAGCAACAAUAACAACAAUACGGACAAUACCGGUAUCAAUGGAACUGCUGUUGACGAGCAAAGCGAAAGCAUCAAGAACCCUGCUAUCUAUAGAGGCAACAAUAUGAGUAAACAAGUAAACAAUAAAUCAGAAAUGGGGUACACGGACGAUAAUCAACCGGAGGAAACGGCGAUCGGCGAUAUCGAGGACAAAUUUCGUAAUGAAGAAGACGUUGUAGGGCAGCAACAACAGCAGCACUUGCAAAAGGAACUGGUCGGCCAUCAAACUGCAUCGAUUGUCAAGCAAAACCGAGGCGGGAGGGCAGAAAUGAGGCUAGCACCUAUGAAGGGUAAACAUGUAGAAGAAGAUUAUCGACAAAUUAAAAAAUUCAAGCGAAAUGAAAGAGCCAGUAGCAACAGCUCAAACGACCAUGCUAACAAAAACAACAAGAAUAAAAAUAAUGACAACAACAACGGACACUCUUAUAAACGCCAUCACCACGGCGAACUCUCUCACAUCGAAGGCGAAUAUGAGGCAAACACGUCCACGCAAGUGUCAGACGCAGAGAAAGUUGAAACGUCUGAAAAUCAACCCAAGCAUGUGCAACAAAAACUUCCGCAGCACGUUGAAGUUGCUGACAGCGUUGGCACGGUGGCAGAGCCACAAGCCGAUUACUCAAUAACCUAUUUUGGCAUCUUAACAAACAGCUCGGAGAAGCGCGAAAAGGCAUUCGCUGAAGAACAAGCAGAUGCGGAUGAGCUCGAGAAUACCAACGGUAGCUUGGCCAAGACAGCAGACAUUGUUACAAAAAUUGCUGACAACGAUGAUGCGGCCCAACUUGGUGCUGUUCAUGCAAUACGAAAUCACUUGCAGCUAGAACAACAACAUUCGCUAACGGGUAAAGUGUCCAAUGCUGACGAGCCUUAUGUAGCCUCAGCCUUUGAGCGUUACAAGGCGCAACGUCGGAACAGUCGACGCUAUGGACAUAAAAUGUACAAGAAAAAAUAUAAGGAUUACCUGCGUCAUGCAACGAUAGCCUCCUUGACAGCUAAAGCGAUGACAACAGCAAUUGACGCAGCAACAACAACAGCAACGCCGUACAUGUCGACAGGAUUGGCGCCUAUGGGAAAUGCAUUUGAAAUGAGUGCUAAGCACACACUCAAUUCAACACAGACGAAGUUGAUAAAUGACAACUACACCGAUUACUAUCGGAAACAACAACAAACCAGAGAAAAUGUUGCUAAGGCCAGAGAUCAAAAACAUUCAGAAAUGUUAAGAAAAUAUGCAAGGAAAAUUGAAGUGGAAAAAUCACGUGGAUUACCAGCAUCACCAAUAUUUGUUGUAGGCAAUCAGACUGCUGCUGUGUUGGCUACAAGCGGAGCGAACAGCAAAAGGCGCAUAGGUGGAGACCCAAAUCAUUUUUACGAAGGGCAGGUAAACUAUUACUUAGAGACGGAUGACGACGAGGGCAUGCAGACUAAAGCAGUGUCGAUGAAAAGCUACAAGCCAACAGGCGUCGAAGGGGAGGGCACGAGUAUUGCAGAGAUAAGGCUGUCUAGAGAAGACGAGGAGCGUUUGCGUGCGCACGAACGUAGCAUGGAGCACAUGAUAGCAGCGGACAAUAAUAACUGGUACCGUCGUGUAAGCCCAGUGUUACGUAAUGGUAUUAAAGUUUACAGCAACGAAGAUAAAGUGCAGCGUGAGAGAUCAGCCAGCCACCUUUCGCUUGUGCAGAAGCAACAGAAUCAUCAACACCAGCAGCGACAACACGCCGCAAAACCACAUCAGCAUUAUCACACACAUCAUGGAAAGCAUCAGAACCAACAUCAUCGACAACACGGACAACCAUAUCAGCAUCGACAACAACACCACGACUCACAUCAACAUAGAGGUGGCAGCAGUAAUCAUCACAAGCAUCAUCAAAAUAGUAAACAUUAUCAAUCAAGCGACAGACAGCUCCAGCAACAACAUCGAAAAGAUUCCGAUGAACGAAAACUACUUGAUCCGCCCUCGCCGCACGCCUCAGACACACAGGCCGCAGUGGAGUUGGGCUUGGUGCAGGCACCGAUACCGCCACCCGCAUACACAAAACAACAUCUGAAACAAACUGGGCACGAUAUGGCGGAACAUGAAGCGCGACAACUGGGACAUCAAAUCACAGAAUUAGAGGAGUUGGAGCGUUACUAUGCCAAGUGGCCCCACUUGGCACGUGUACAGUUUCAGUUGUAUGAUGAACAUUUCCGCGAGGACCAUCCUGAACUUUAUCCAGAAGUAAAGGUCGACGCUAGCGGUUUGGCUGAUACCGUAGAAGACUACGAUGAUGAUUAUGAGAGCGCUGCCGAGUUGGAGGAAGCGCAGAAUAGUCAUGAUGAGGACGCAAACUUACCACCCUACAUUAAGAAAUACAACAGACGCAAUAAGCAAUUGCUGAAUUUGCUUGAAGGCACUCUACCGCCACCGACACGCCUUCCACCAACUUUGGGGCGCAGUUGGUCGAGUUCAGUACUGCAGCCGGGUCCUCAUGCAAGCAGUCGAAGCGCAGGUGGAAGCAGUACUGCGGGUAGAAUACGCAUUGAUGACGACUAUCUAAAAGAGAAACGCAAGCGCUAUCAUAAUCGUGAUAUCACCAGCGCUGACAGUAGCAAUAUUGGUGCAAGUAACAAUAAUAACCGCAAUGAAGACCGACAUCACUAUCAAGAUUUAUUUGCACAGCAACGACUGACGCAAAUUACUACUACCCAGACGACAGGGGAAACAACAGGUCUGUUGAUAAAAUCUGAAGCAAUCUCCGUCAACCCAGAUGUAAGCGGCAAGUCAGAUGUAAUCAGCACCUAUAAAACGGCAGCACAAUCAAACAACCAACUGCCAGACGAAGAUGUCAGCAUUUCAACCGACACAGACAUCGACGCUUAUGCUGCCGACGAUGGCGACAUUGACUUUUGGCAAAAGGAAAUCGAAAAUAAAUCGAAUGCAAACGAAUUGGCAGGAAGCGCACAAAUGAGAUGGCAAAUCGAAAAAUUAACAACACCCAACCCCGCGCACGCUGCCACUGUGUCGAGCACGCCAAAAUCAGCAAUUUUUCGUUUGCCCUCAUAUCCGGCCAUCGCUGGCAGUUUUAUCGGAAAGCCGCGCAGUCGUAGCGCGCAAUUUGCACCAAGUGGCGGCAGUCGUGGCAAACUAGCGUUUUUAGCGCCAGCUAGUAGUGAACUUAACAGUAACAGAUGGGGCAAUAUAUAUGGCCUAGGCGGUGGGAAAGUUGCAAGUGCUCCUGGUGACGUUGGAUUCAACGGUCUUGGCUCACGCGGCAGUUACCACAAAUCGUUGUCACGUUUCAGUGCUUACAAACCGAGUGUUUAUAAAACGCUAACCGCUGCAGCAGCAGCCGCUUCAACCACGACGAUGACUCCCAGAGAAAAUGGUGAUGAUGGCAUGAAUGGUGACGACUCGGCAGCCACAACAACUUCUGCGGUUGCGGUAACGCCGAGUGGCUUUGGUAGUGAUGACGCAGAUGGCACAGAUAGCGCAGAAAGGGGUGUUGAUAAUGCCGUUAUGGGACGUACCAUUAGCUCGUUUGUCUACCACCGUGUGAUUGAUGCGUCACCGCGACAAGUGGGUACCGGUAAUACGGGACGCAAGCAACGUUUGCCAUUUGUGGCUAUCACUGAUCGUCGGCUGGAGACCACAAAGAAGGCGCAGCUAGAGCGACAGAAAGAUUUCGAACAAAAUCACUACCCAAUGCCUUAAAUUCACUGCACUUCAAUGACUGCGGCAGCGAAAGAGACGUGGACGGAGACGACCCGGACAAGUAGCACAAACAUUCACACCAGGACCGAAACGCAAACGAUAAUAAAAAUGUUGACCAAGACGACAGUGUAGAUGGAGAUGUAGAAAGUAAAAAGAAGAAAACAAAAAACGAAAUCAGUAAAUAGUAUUAACAGAUGUUUAAGACAGGUGAGGAGUAAGUAAAGCAUACAGUGUUAAUCCAUAUCAGAAUGAACCAAGCGCAGAACUAUUGCACCAACGCUGCAUAAGCUGGCAGCGCAGGGAAAAUGCCACCAAAGCAAACAGCUUGCACAAUUCCACACACACAGUUGCACCAGAGCAUCACAACAAUUUUAUUUUUUACUCAAUCGAUUUAUCUUUCUGUUCUGUCAGUACUAAAUAUACUUGUAUAUAAUAUUUUGUGUCUAAUUUAAACAAUAAUAGUUGUAUGUUAGCUGCUUUGAGAGGACACCAACGCUUUGUAGUAAACACUGACUAACGGCACGUUAUUUUGAUAUCUUAUUUUUUUGCUACACUUCGUGUUUUCCUCGUUUUUUAAUCAUUAUUUCUAACGCUUAACUUUUAAAUUAGACGACAACUACGGCACUAUAAUUCACUUAUAAAUUAUUUGCUAACAUAAAAUAUAUACAUACUUAUUUUACUACAUAUCAAUACUCGUACAUUCUGCGGGUUACCAGCAAUGUUACAUUAAUAUAUGCAAGGAUGCUGCAGGCGAUAUGCGCCAAAAUAAAAUAUUUUUAGGUUAAAUUUGAAUUUAUGUAUCUCAGCCCUGCACGUCAAAUAUUGUCCCGAUCGUUUGACCCGUAUUACUUCUCGCAAAUGUUGCAUAACUUCCUUGUAGUAUUCUUUAUUAAUACCACACCAUUGUAAUCAAAGAAAACAGUGAGGAAAACCUUCCCAUUUGAUCGAACUUGGCGAGCUUUUUCGGUCUUGGUUUAUCUGGCAGCUUCCAUUGGGAUGAUUGGGCUUUUGUUUCGACGUCAACACCAUAUACCCACGUUUCGUCACCACUUCUGACCCGUUUGAGCAAACCCAAAUCAUAGUUGACGUCAUUCAACAACACUUGAGCGAUACUUUCGGAACAGACUUCGCUAUAUGUAACUCUUACACAAGUUUAGUUUUUGGUAGUUUUUCAUGAAAAUAUAUUGCUUCAUUGUGCUAGAACUUCAUCACAAAUGAAAGAGUGACAGUAACGUUUCCACGACAGUCGACUUUAAAUAACCGCAAUAGACCUGUACUUAACAGUAAAGAGCAGUCACCUUGGUACUCAAUAUAGAGGAGAAUCAACUUCUUAUCUCAUGGCCCCAAAGAAUAGGAAAUAUAGUUACUGAGUUCUAGAUCGAAGUACUUUCACAUUGAAUAAAAAAAAAAGAAAUGGCGGUGAACUGUUUACAUACGAUUUUUAAGAAGAACGUCCUUUGGGAUGAAAUACGAAAUUCUUCUCAAACAACGACCUUGCAGUCUAUAUUAAACAUGGAAAAAGUGAUAAUUGAUAUGAUCUUGCAAAAUACAUACCUAUAUGCAAAAAUCAUCGAAAAAAGUUCCAAAUAUUCUACAACCCUCAAUUUUAUUUCUUUAAGAAGAAGAAGACAAAAAUUGUUGACAAUAUUCAAUAUCUGUCAUGAGGGACGGUGUUCAAGUUCUAACAGUGUAGAAUUCCAUAACCUCGAAGCCUGUCUUUCCAUACUUUGUCCUCGGGUUCUCAUCUCGAAAAGGCUGGAGAAAAUUAAUACAAUUAUCGCAUUUAAUUUUUAUACUCUCGCAACCUGUUGCUACAGAGUAUAAUAGUUUUGUUCACCUAACGGUUGUUUGUAUCACCUAAAACUAAUCGAGUUAGAUAUAGGGUUAUAUAUAUAUAAAUGAUCAGGAUGAAGAGACGAGUUGAAAUCCGGGUGACUGUCUGUCCGUCCGUCCGUGCAAGCUCUAACUUGAGUAAAAAUUGAGAUAUCUUUAUGAAACUUGGUAGACAUGUUUUUUGGUGCCGUGAGACGGUUGGUAUUGCAGAUGGGCGUAAUCGGACCACUGCCACGCCCACAAAACGCCAUUAAUCAAAAACAAAUAACUUGCCAUAACUAAGCUCCGCAAUAAGAUACAAGACUGUUAUUUGGUACACAGGAUCACAUUAGGGAGGGGCAUCUGCAGUUAAAACUUUUUUUAAAAAGUGGGCGUGGUCCCGCCUCUAAUAGGUUUAAUGUGCAUAUCUCCUAAACCGCUAAUGCUAUAAUAACAAAAUUCACUAGAAGCAAAUGUUUUUAGCACUUCUAUUUACGGUGUGAAAAUAGUUGAAAUCGGGUGGCAACUCCGCCCACUCCCCAUAUAACGGUACUAUUAAAAACUACUAAAAGCGCGAUAAAUCAAGCACUAAACACGCCAAAAAUAUUAAAUUUUAUCUCUGAGACGGUAUAAAUUGGCUUUAUAGGAACCGCGUUCAAAAUUAGUCAGUGGGCGUGGCACAGCCCAUAUCUUGAGAUCUGCUCAACCGAUUUCAAUCAAAUUCGGUGCAUAACGUUCUUUUCAUGUUUCUAUGUCAUAGUGCGAAAAUGGGCGAAAUCGGACUACAACCACGCUUACUUCCCAUGUAACACCAUUUUCAAUUCCAUCUGAUUCUUUCGCUUUCCACUAUGCAAAUCAGGUAACAAUGAUAUGUGGACCCCAGUGCCUAUAGUUGACCUUCUACCGAAAAUAUUUGACUUUGCGAGAGUAUAAAAUGUUCGGUUACAUCCGAACUUAGCCCUUCCUUACUUGUUUGACAUUAUAUUUAAUCGGCGAUAUUUUCCAAAACUAUUUGGGUAUUGUCAGAUGCCGCUACAACAACAACUUAAAUACUUAUAGCCUUGUGUAUAUAUAUAUUUGAUGUAAAUCCGUGAGUAUGUCAUAAGUGUUUCAUAAUCAGUACUGGAGAUAAACAAACCACAUCGGCUACGCAAGGGCUUAACAAAUGCGAGUGCAUAUUUACCUAUUUGCCAUAAUAGACAACAUCUAUAGUUUAUGUAAGAACAAAUAGGAUGUAUGCAGACGCAUUAGGGUUCACAUGAAUUAUUAACUUUACAAUUUGACAACUAAAUGCAUAAAUAACGGAACAUAUACAAAUACACAUGCGAAAUGACACAUUCAAAAGUGGCUCUUAACAUAUUGCAUCUUACAGAUAAUCACAAUUGAGUACGUUAUUUAUACAGUACUUAUGCAUGCGUGUAUGUAAAUAUAUGCAUGUAAUUAGAAAUAUGUAUUUCUUCUCAAAUGACUGAUUCAAUUCAAACUUUGAAUAUCCCAGUGGUAUCAUAUAUGGUAAGUAACGAUUUCCUUUAUCACAGACUUUCGCAAAGGAAAAUGUAAUGAUUUGACAUCUAGUUAGUAAUUAUAUAUGAUAAGAGGUGAAUUACUUGAAGUAUCGCCUAGAAGAGAAAGCCCAUGAACAAAGUAUGUUCUUCAAAAAACGUUAACACACUAAAUAAUGCUUAGGCUCAAAACACACAGUUUUACAUCUUGGUCUAGGCGGCGUACGCAAUUGAGUUUAAGUGCUAACUUAGUUUUUGUAAGUUAUCCUGCUUCAUAUUUGAAAUAUUUAUUUUUAGAAAUUUCAGAUUUAAUUUGGUUGACAAGGCUUUGAUCAUUUUUUAGAUAUCUAUCAAAACCCAAUUAUAGGGCCACUUUUUAACAUUUUCUGAAGUGUGAUAAGCGCACUGGCCACUGGCACCACUUGUACUUAAUCGGAUGGACAAUCAAAAACAUUCGAGACUUAAUUCAGCUCGUCAUCUUGACUGAUUUUAUAAUCUUAUAUCCCAACUAGAAUAAGAGUCUUGUCUAGUCUACUUUGCGCAACAAAAAUUUCGUAAUUUAAUAUUAUCAACAGACAAGCCUAACACGACCAUUAAUGAUUUCUUGCAAACAUUUGGUAAACAGUUCAAGAGUAAACUGCAUAUACAAGUAAAUAUUAAUUACUCACUUUUGAAGUAGAAAGACUCUUUUAGCUCGGAUAUAUGGCAUGAAGCCGAGGGUAGGUGAGGUUACUAGUGACUCCUCUUAUAAAGUUCUCCUUUAAGCUUAGUAGUCAAUUCGGAAGUUUAAUUUCCUCUCGGCCAAAAUAUAAUCCUUCACAAGCAUAUGUGAUGACUACACACAUACGGCGGCUAUGUUGAUGGAAGGGUCCAGUUCCUCCUUGAAUUUAUUAAAUGGAAUAAAAGAAAGGGGAAUUCAGCACUACAUUCCUAAGAUCUAUUAUAGAAGGGCUUAACUUAAUUUAGCAGUCAGCUACAAAGGAAUGCCUUUGGCGGCUAUUGUGUUAAAACUCAGUCAUAAAUCAUAAACUUUCACAGUCGUUCGAAAGUUUUGAUUGGUUAUAAUAAAAAUGUAAGUUUUAGGCUCGAAAUAUUUUACUUUUCUGUAAAACAGGUUUUAGAUCUCAUGCUUAGUUUGGCAAAAUAUCAGAAGAAAUGUGCAGCAUAUAGAAAAACAGUGCUACCAAUUGCUUGCUUCCAAAUCGAGUUCACAUAAAAAUAUUGAAUAUAAAAGACAAAAACUAUUAAAUUACCUAUGAAGCAACACCAGAAAAUUCUAUAAAUGGCUCAAAAAUUAUGUUAAAGCAAAUUUCGACAGCGCUCUUGUUAUUUAGUCGCUUUCUCAUCAUAUUUUCCCUUCUCUUUAAAUGUCUCACAAAAUCCAAAAUAAAAAUAAAGUUGAGAAGAAAUAAAUUUCCCAUGUGAAACAAGCAGAAAGUUUAGAAAGUUAGCUUUGUACAUGUGUAACAUGAUCCCUUGGCUGAGGUCUUUCUUGUCAUCGUAAACCUUUUAUAAACAAUUAAAGAAGUCAACGAUCUAAUCCACCAGAAACAUGCAAAUGAUUUGACAAUUAGCCUACAUAGAAACUUUCUUACGAGACUCUUUUCUAUUCGCAAGGUGCUUUGACAUUGUUAGUGUAACAUUACCUGUUAGGAGGAGAGGGCUUUACGAAAACAGUUCAUGGAAGCGCGGUGGAAGUUUUAUAUUAGAUGUUGAGCUGAAAUCGAUUAAACAUCAGUGUCAAUAAACUUUAUAAACAGUAAAUUAAUUGCAUUAUCAUAUACUUGCAAAAGUGUUUGCAUUUAAUUACACACUCAUCUAUCCUAGUUAAAAAAACACACAUACGCAAAAAUCAUUUUACUUCAUGUGAAAUAUUGUCUUGGUGUCUGCACAAAGCAAUGGCAACCACGGCAGCAAAAGCAAUAAACCCAAACAACUACAUAAACCACACGUUUACAUAUAUUAAUUGCAUAUUAAAUAUCAAUUAAAGAUUAAAAAUAUUCAUUGCGCACAAAAUAAAAACAUGGAUCAUAGUUUAUCAAUGGUAGCGCAUUGACAACGCAUACCGCAGAACAAACGUUUUUAUUGAAGAAUAUUUUAAAUUUUUUCAAAACGCUGACAGCUGAACUGCGUAAACUGAGGCGUAAGCACAAAAUAAAAUGACAUAAAGCGUCAAAUAUUAUUGCAAAAAUUUUCAUUUUAAAAUAAUACAAAGUUUUAAAGCAAAAUAGUCUGCAAACGAAAUAUAAAUAUAUGAAAAAACAAUAAACAUUUUACAUACGUAGCUAUAUACAUAUAUAUAUUGUUUUCUGCUCAUUAAAGUACCCAAGUGUAGAUAUGCAAGUAGUAAUCUGUACGACACAUCAUGAAUACGUUUUUUGGACAUUUGCGAGAUAGUUGUGUCAUUUGUGCUAUUAGGUGCAUUAUCGAUUGAACCUUUUGCAAAAUUUUUUUCGGUCUAAUUCAGCAAAAAACUUAAAAGCGCGUUUAAUUUAAGUAACAUAUCGACGCAUAAAUAAUUCACAUAUGUAUGUGUGUCCUGCAUACAAAUGAAAAGUGUGUAAAAACUAUAGAAAAACAGAGCAAAAGCCAUUAUGUAAAAUGUAAGCUAUGGCUUUAUGUUCACUUAAGUGCAUUCAUUGUAUGUACGAGUAUGUUAUACAUAUUAAUUAGUCAUUAUAAACUUAUGUUAGCAACUUUUAUGCGCAAAAAAUAUAAUAAAUAUUAAUAAUAAUAAGUGAAA